AUGGAAGUCCCAACCUGGUUGCAAUGGUACAAGAAGCCAGAGUACCGAGACAUCAAGCAGUACUCGACCGACGUGCGUAAUGGACGCCGCAGCAUAUCCUCUGAUGGCAAGGGCAAGUCCAGUAUCCCGCCUCACCUGAGCCUGGAUAGGGUGCUCGCGAACAAGACUUGCAGUCCCAUGUCUCUCUAUGACUUUUACAUGUACUUGAAGCACAUCGAGUACUCGCCUGAGAACCUCGAGUUCUACGUCUGGUUCAAGAACUACGAAGCAAGAUGGUCGAAGCACAGCCGGCAACAAGACUACGAACCGGUAGAGAAGGACCUUAGCACCGCUAGCACCUAUCAGGCGUCUGAGGGAUACUCCUCCGAGACGGAGCUCGGCCUGAAGAGCGAACCUCUGGAGACCGUCGAGCUGGCAGAGCUUUCAGCGGACCUCGAAACUGGUAUGGUGCCACCUCCUCUCUCAGAUGUGUCGAUGCCCAGACUAACACGACAUGCAGCCAGCGAGACGACGACUCAGAUUCUCGAGGUCGCUCUGCCCAAGACGGCCUGCACGCCGCUGACCAAGCCCAAGCGUACAGCCCGCGACCACCUCCGCGCCCUCACCUCAGCCUGCACCAACGCCUGCGCCUUGCCAACAGACGCGCUCCCGACAAUGCCAGGAACACAUCCCUUUGACGCAGCGCCGGAGCUCUCUUCCAUCAUCCAGACGUAUCUCCUGCCGUCGUCGCCCAAGGAGCUCAACAUUCCACCCGCGCUCCGCGACACGGCCCUCGAGGCACUCAAGACAUCUCCCGCCCCGGUCCACCUGGCGCCGAUCGCCGGGCACGUCUACGACCUGCUGCGCACGUGCUCGCACCCCAACUUCCUCCGCCUCGGCGUCGCCAACGGCACCCUCGAGACGUCUGCGUCGCGACCUCGCUCGGCAUCGCCCUCACCUUCGCCGGCCUCCUCUUCACCCUGCUCCGUGCCUUUGUGCCCUUUACAGGUGCCCACACGCGACUCGUCCUCCUCGGAUCCUGGUUCUUCUGGUUCCUCGGCCUGA